AUGGCUAAUCGAGUGUAUGACCCUAUUCAUGAUACUUUUCAAGAAAAUCCGAAUGGAAAGGCAACUGCAACUGCAACUGCAACUGCAACUGCAGUUGCAAGUACGACUGAAGAUGUGAAUGUGCAAAAUAGUCCGUCUAGGUUUAGUAAUAAUAUAAGCACGAGUUCGACGGCGAGUACGAAAUCGAUCCGUCAUUUAAAGAAAAGAGAUGGUGAGAUGUUUACACGACAUGAUAUUCAAUUGAAUUUCAUGAAAGAAUUGUUAAAAGAUGAAAAACGUGUGUUUAAAAACAUGUACAAGGAGAUCUUCACCAACAUUGUGGCUCCGAUCCCUGAAUCACAGCAGCCCAAGGGCCAACCGAUCAAUGUUACUGAAAAGGGGUAUGACGCCAGAAUGUUUGUAUUUAAAGAAUACUUGACGUUUUCCGAAUUAUAUAUCUUGACUUUAGCGUCAUCCACAAAGGGUUCCAAAGUGUUGAGAGACAAGCUAUUACAAGAUCAAUAUAGUGCAUUUACCACAUGUGUUUUAGCAUUGUUGGUAAAUUUUGGUAAAUUGAACACCACGGUGAAUUUUUUCUUGGAGAUGACUUCACAAAUGAGAACAUUCCAUUCUGUGCCUUGUUUGCAGAUUGGUAUCACUGAUCCCAAAUCAUUGCAAGAUACACCUCGGUUAAAAUCAAUGUUGAAAAACAUACCGAUUGGUAACGAACAUAUCUCACUACCUUAUUUGUAUGAGAAUUAUAAUAUACCCGGGUUGAAACAUCAAGUGAUGAACCCAGCAAAUUUAUUACUAACAAUCAUCCAUAGUUCUACAUUGAUUGAUACACAAUUGAUCAAGCCACAUUUACAAGGAGAAAUUACCAAUUUUGGGAUAUUCGAUCUAUUGGACAAUGACAAGUAUGAUUGUCAGAUGAGAGUGAAUAUGAUUCUUUGGAUCAUCUAUGUUCAUUUGGAGACCUCGUUGAAAGAAGAUGAAAUCAAGAAAGCGGUUAAGAUAUUUAAUGAUGGUAAGGGCGCGUUUGAAAUGACGUAUGCCAAGUCAGAAGAUGCCUUGAGUAAUGAUGAAAAAGAUGUGGACACUGCAGAAGAAUUGGAAUAUGGAGAACGACAAUUCAGCAAAAGACGACAGUUUCUAAGGACUCGUGGUGAACAGAGUAUAUUGGGAGAAUCGGAAAUGCCUGUAGUGGCUGCUACUACUAGUACGAAUGAACAAGACACCACCACCACCACGACAAAUGCUAAUGAGAGAGAAACUAUGUCAGAAAAUAAUACUCACAAGGUUUCAGUAGUUGGUGGUGGUGGUGGUGGUGACCUGGAAGGUAUGGGAGAUGAUGCGAAGAAUGUUGGCGCCACAAAAGAAGGCGUCGCAAAAGACGCGUCUGACACAAAAAGAACAAAAGAAAAGGAAAAAGACAGUGCCAGUGCAACUGGCACUGGCACUGGCAAUGGCACUGGCCACGACACAAAACAGACCCCAGGUGGCGACGACACAAAACAUAGCAACAGCAACAACGAGGACGGUAGCGGCGGCGGCUCAGAGUAUGAAGGCAGCGUGCUGGCACGUGAAGAUAUAGAAGACACAUUAACUCGCUGGGCAGAAUAUGAUGCUCAUAAACCUGUGGCUCGUGAAGGAAGUGGCACAGGCGCACCAUGGACACAAGAAGAAUGUCGAGCAGCUUUGGAACGGGCACGUGCGAUUGCCCGUCGGAGACGACAAGCUAAUGGCCUGUUGCACGUAUAUGCAGAAUAUGAAGAUGCUCCUUUGGCUACGGGAGUCGGUGUGCGUGGACGUAAACGUAGACGGUACCGUGAUCAUGUCCUGGGCUUUGAGACUGAUUUUCUACGAGUACUAGGUGUGGCAAAGAGAGUGUGGGCCAAGCAUGUGGAACAAGAGGGAGGAGAGUAUUUUGUGUUGUAA